AUGUUAUACGCACCGUGCCUGGAUGUCGUGGACGAAGGAGUCGAGUCUGUCCGUGAGGGCGGUGCAGCAGACGAUAUCCCUUCCCUUUUUUUCGGGUGCUUCUGCUGUGGUGCAGCUGCAGGAGCUGCUUUUCUAAGUGGAGUGGAAAUGACAUUUUUCACAACAGUGGCCGGCGCUAUGGGGGUUAGAGAGUUUUUUGGCAGUGGCAAGCUGGCAGGCAGAGCUGUUAUCUUUGAAGAAGCAGAUAAGGAAGGCCACUGGGUAUGUGUGGGUUUCGAGGUAGCAGGUGCUUCAACUGUUGCUUUUGUCGCGCGCUCAGUUCAGCCCUGUCGUGGGGUGACCACAUUUGUCGGUCAUUUUGGUGGUUUACCGGGUUUCCGGAUCGGGCUAGCUGGUGUGGUCCGUGAACUUAAGUCUUUUUCUUUGUCUCAAGUGUGGCGAUUUUUAAAUUCGCUCUUACUUCGGCUCCUGACAAUAGCUUCUCGUACUUUUGUGUGA